AUGAAUAAAGUUAAAGGUCACAGCUUCCUUCCAUGGAAGAGGAGGGGAGCGUUGCAUCUGGUGCAACUGGAGCAAACUGCCACUGGAAUACCUGCAACUGGUACCACUGGGGCAGCUGCAGAGGGUGCCACUGGAGCUGGUGCAACGGAGGCAGCUGCAGACGGUGCCACUGGUGCAGCCGAUGCCAGGGCCGCCGGCGCAAUGGGGGUCGGUGGGCGGGGCGGCGCCGGGGUGGGCAGCGGGCUGAAGUUGCCCUGGUCGGUGGUGGCAUCGGUGUGCCUGCUGGGGGCGGAGGCGGCGGGCGCCCUGGCGCUGAGCCGAGAGUACUGGACGGCGGGGGACGGGGCCUGGCACGGGCUGACCCUGCUGUUCUGGCUGCUGCCCUGCGCGCUGGUGCAGCUCACCCUCCUCUUCGUCCACCGCGACUUCAGCAAGGACCGGCCGCUGCUCCUCCUGCUCCACCUCCUGCAGCUCGGGCCCAUCGUACGGUGUGUGGAUGUUUUUUGCAUUUACUUCCAUGAAGGCGAAGUUGAGGAGCCUUAUGUCAGCAUCACCCGGAAGAGGCAGAUCCCAAAAAAUGGCUACUCGGAAGAGAUUGAAAGGGAAGUGGGCCAGGCAGAGGGAAAGUUGUGCACCCACAGGUCUGCUUUCAGCCGGGCCUCGGUAAUCCAAGCCUUCCUCGGUUCAGCGCCUCAGCUGACCCUCCAGUUAUACAUAAGCGUCCUGCAGCAGGAAGUCACAGUUGGGAGAAGCAUCUUCAUGUCCAUCUGCCUCCUGUCCAUCGUCUACGGCGCUCUGCGCUGCAACAUCCUGGCCAUCAAGAUCAAGUACGACGACUACGAUGUCACCGUCAAGCCUGCCGCCUACGUUUGCAUCUUCUUCUGGCGGGGCCUUGAGAUCGCCACCCGGGUGGUGGUCUUGGUCCUGUACAGUUCCGUCCUCCAGAUCUGGAUCCUGCCCGUGGUGCUCUUCAACUUCUUCGGCUUCUUCUUUUACCCCUGGAUCCUUUACUGGCACAGCCGGUCCCCGUUCCCCGAGAACGUCGAGAAGGCCAUGAGCCGGGUGGGCACCACCGUGGUCCUCUUCUUGCUCACCUUCCUCUAUGCGGGCAUCAACAUGUUCUGCUGGUCGGCCGUGCAGCUGAAGAUCAACGACCCGGACUUGAUCAACAAAUCCCAAAACUGGCAAGUCAUGGCAGUCUAUUACCUGCUGAGGUUCGUCGAGAACGCUUUCCUCCUCCUCAUGUGGUACAUCUUCCGGACGGACGUCUACAUGUACGUCUGUGCCCCUAUGUUGAUGGUGCAGCUGCUAGUGGCCUACUGCUUGGCCAUCGUCUUCAUGCUGGGCUUCUACCAGUUCUGCCAUCCCUGCAAGAAGCUGUUCUCCUCCACCAUUUUGGAUGGCCUCCUGGGGGGCUUCCGACAUCUCCGUCGGUCUCGCCAUGAGCUGAGGCCCGGCGACCCAGCAGAGGGGCCGUCCCUGGACGGUGCUGACAGCAAGAUGGAUGAUUCUCAGAAUGGGGACCCGCUCUGCAGCGCCUCGUCCAAUGCUUGAUGGGCACCGGUGCCCAGUGGCACCGCCCCGCUGGGGUCUUCUCUGCUCCGAGAUAGUCGCCUGGACCCGGGGACGGGAGCGGGGUCGUGUUCCAAGAGCCAGGGAGCUGGGACUACUGCCCUGGCCAUUUGCCAACCUGUCUGCACUCAUGCCACCAGAGGGUAGAAGAGGGGUGUGUCACAAACAACAAGCAGGGGUGCCUUCCCCAACAGUGAUGCCCUCAUUGGCGAUCAGGAGAAAAUGCCCCAUGGGUACAUUGGGGGAUUCCAUUCUUCUUGGCCAAAAUCGACCACUCAAUGCUAUUUGUUGAGCGUUUACAGUGUACCGAGCACUGUAGUGAGUGCUUAAUCACGUUCCAAAAUCCAGCAGAUCCAAAAUCAGGCUGUUCAAAGCCAGCAUUUUUCUAAACGUCCUAGUCACCCAGAUCAUCUGUGGUAUUUAUGGAGCACUUACUGGGUACAGAUCACUGUACUGAG